AUGAUGCCACCGGAGCUACAGCCGCGGCUGUUCCGGCCACACAUAACCUCUCCCUCCGGCGAACCAACCUUAUCUCCCCCCAAUUACCCUCCCCACAUGACCAGAAACUCCACUUCUCGAUCCAACGCCCCUCGAUUCUCCCCCUCCUCGUUCGCCUACAACGCACGCAUCGCCACCGCCCUCGUCCCCUGCGCCGCCUUCCUCCUCGACCUCGGCGGCGCUCCGGUGAUCGCCACCCUCACGAUCGGCCUCCUCAUCUCCUACGUCGUCGACUCCCUCAGCGUCAAGCUCGGAGCCUUCCUCGGGAUAUGGAUGUCGCUCCUCGCAGCUCAGAUCUCCUUCUUCUUCUCCUCCCCUCUCUUCUCCUCAUUCAACUCCAUCCCCCUCUCCCUCCUCGCGGCGCUCCUCUGCGCCGAGACGACGUUCUUGAUCGGAUGCUGGAGCUCGCUUCAGUUCAAGUGGCUCCAGCUCGAGAAUCCUUCGAUCGUAGUCGCCCUCGAGAGGCUUCUCUUCGCUUGCGUCCCCUUCACGGCGUCUUCGCUUUUCUCCUGGGCGGUAAUCUCCGCCGUUGGGAUGAGCAACUCGUCUUACUAUCUAAUGGCGUUCGCUUGCGUGUUCUAUUGGAUCUUCGCGAUUCCUAGGGUUUCUUCGUUCAAGACCAAGAACGAAGCGAAGUACCAUGGAGGAGAGGCUCCUGAUGAGAGCUUUAUCCUCGGGCCGUUAGAAAGCUGCUUCCUUUCUUUGAAUUUGAUGUUCACACCGGUUCUAUUCCACGUGGCGUCGCAUUACUCUGUUGUGUUUACCUCAGCUGCUGCGGUUAGCGAUCUGCUGCUUUUGUUUUUUGUCCCUUUCUUGUUUCAGUUAUAUGCGUCGACGAGAGGUGGUCUUCGGUGGGUUACCAAGGACUCUCAUCAGCUGCAGAGCGUUCGGGUUGUGAAUGGGGCCAUUGCGAUGGUGGUGAUUGUGAUCUGUUUGGAGGUUAGAGUUGUGUUUCGCUCUUUUGGGAAGUAUAUACAGGUGCCUCCUCCGUUGAAUUAUCUUCUUGUGACUAUGACGUUGCUUGGAGGUGGUGCUGGCGCUGGUGCUUCGGUUCUUGGAAUGGUCUCGGGUGGUUUUAGCUCAGUUGUUUUCACAGGUUUGGCUGGGGUUGUGAGUGCUGCAGGAGCUAUCGUUGUUGGAUUUCCUCUUCUGUUUACUCCACUUCCUGCAGUAGCUGGGCUUUAUUUUGCUCGUUUUUUCACAAAGAAAAGUGUGCCCUCUUACUUUGCAUUCGUUGCUCUUGGAAGCUUAAUGGUUAUAUGGUUCGUAAUGCAUAACUACUGGGAUUUAAACAUAUGGUUAGCCGGCAUGUUCCUCAAGUCAUUCUGUAAGCUUAUAGUGGCUAACAUCAUCAUAGCCAUGGUCAUCCCUGGUCUUGUUCUUCUCCCAUCAAAAUUUCACUUCCUGACUGAAGCUGGUAUGGUGGCCCACGCAUUGUUGCUGUGUUACAUUGAGGACCGUUUUUUCAAUUACUCGAGCAUAUACUAUUAUGGAAUGGAAGACGAUGUGAUGUACCCUAGUUACAUGGUUAUGUUGACGACACUUAUUGGAUUGGCUGUUGUGAGGAGACUACUUGCUGAUCGCCGAAUUGGAUCAAAGGCAGUCUGGAUCUUGACGUGUCUGUAUUCAGCAAAGUUGGCUAUGCUCUUCCUAUCAUCAAAAUCAAUUGUAUGGGUGUCUGCAGCUCUAUUGCUGGCCGUUUCCCCUCCCUUACUGCUAUACAAGGAGAAAUCGAAAUCUGCCUCUAAAAUGAAACCAUGGCAAGGUUAUUCUCAUGCCGCAGUGGUUGCUAUCUCGGUUUGGUUUUGCCGGGAAACGAUAUUCGAUGCGCUACAGUGGUGGAAUGGAAGACCUCCAUCUGAUGGCUUGCUUCUUGGUUUCUGCAUCGUUUUGAUUGGUCUAGCCUGUAUACCAAUUGUUGCCCUCCACUUUUCACAUGUCCUGUCAGCUAAGAGAAGCUUGGUAUUGGUAGUGGCAACUGGAUGCAUGUUUAUUCUGAUGCAGCCACCGAUGCCUAUGACGUGGAGUUACCAUUCAGAAAUGAUCAAGGCCGCUCGUGAGUCAGCUGAUGACAUUUCCAUCUACGGAUUCAUGGCAUCCAAACCGACUUGGCCGUCUUGGUUGUUAAUUGUGUCACUCCUGUUGAUUCUUUCUGCUGCCACAUCUCUAAUCCCAAUCAAAUACGUGGUAGAAUUGAGAGCAUUUUACUCCGUCGUCAUGGGCUUAGCUCUCGGUGUUUACAUAUCUGCAGAGUUCUUUCUACAAGCCGCCGUUCUACAUGUUCUGAUUACUAUUACAAUGGUUUGUGCCUCAGUUUUUGUCAUCUUCACCCAUUUUCCAUCUGCCUCGAGCACAAAGCUGCUUCCCUGGGUGUUUGCUCUUCUCGUGGCUCUAUUUCCAGUGACAUAUUUGUUAGAAGGGCAGGUCAGAAUCAAAACUCUCAGUGAUAAUGUUGCAUGGGGUUGGGAUGCAGGAGAGGAGGAUAAGAAAGUCACAGCAAUGUUGGCGAUUGAAGGUGCACGAACAUCUCUUCUAGGUCUCUACGCAGCGAUAUUCAUGCUCAUAGCUCUCUUGAUUAAGUUUGAGCUCACUUCGCUUUUGCGUGAGAAAGUCUCUGAGAGCAGUGGUCCAUCAAAAACCCAAGGCGGCGCAAGGGGGAUGUUCCCAACACGGAUGAGGUUGAUGCAGCAACGCCGCACCACAUCGAUCCAAAGCUUUGCAAUAGAGAAAAUGUCGGAAGAAGGAGCGGCCUGGAUGCCAGCGGUUGGUAACGUUGCCACCAUAGUGUGCUUUGCCAUAUGCUUAAUUCUCAACAUCCACAUCUCAGGCGGCUCAAGCCAAGCGAUCUUCUUCCUGGCUCCUAUCUUACUCCUCCUGAACCAAGACUCUGAUCUCUUAUCCGGGUUCGGCGAAAAACAGAGAUACUUCCCGGUUAUACUAGCCAUAUCAACUUACUUAGCUUUAUCCUCUCUCUACACUGUAUGGGAAGAAGUUUGGUUCGGUGGAAACACAGGAUGGGGAAUAGAAAUCGGAGGCCGUGAGUGGUUCUUUGCGGUGAAGAACCUGGCUCUCCUUAUACUCACAGCUCCAGGCCACAUUAUAUUCAACAGGUACGUGUGGAGUUACACAAGUAAACAGUCAGACGCGUCGCCGAUGCUGACCUUGCCACUUAGCUUUGCAGCCGUGGUGAUAACGGACGUGUUUCAGGUUCGGCUUCUUGGAGUUUUAGGCAUUGUUUACACUGUGGCUCAGUAUGUGAUAUCUAGGCAACAAUAUAUAAAAGGGCUGAGGUAUAUUUAGACAGCCAUAGGAUUAGUCUGUCUCGGUCCUUUUUUUUGUGUAACAAUGUUUCAUUUUCCGUGUCUUUCUUGACCUUUUGUUUCUCGGUUGAUGCAUUGAAAAAUUGCAGAGAUACGUUUACAUGACUUAA